GUGGAUGGAGGUCUGUUUGGAGGAAGAGCUGCCCCCAACUACGGAGCUGGAGGAAGGCUUAAGAAAUGGCGUUUACCUUGCCAAGCUUGCGAAAUUCUUUGCCCCUAACGUGGUGUCAGACAAAAAGAUAUACGAUGUGGAGCAGGCACGCUAUAAGCGAUCUGGCCUUCAUUUUCGGCACACUGACAAUACUGUGCAGUGGUUAAGAGCAAUGGAGUCCAUUGGUUUGCCUAAGAUCUUUUAUCCAGAGACUACGGAUGUCUAUGAUAGGAAAAACAUCCCUAGGAUGAUAUAUUGCAUUCACGCUCUAAGUUUAUAUCUGUUCAAACUAGGAUUAGCACCACAAAUCCAGGACCUAUUGGGAAAAGUAGACUUCACAGAGGAAGAAAUCAGCAACAUGCGAAAGGAGUUAGAGAAGUACGGUAUACAGAUGCCAUCUUUUAGUAAAAUUGGUGGGAUUCUGGCCAGUGAAUUAUCAGUGGAUGAAGCUGCGUUGCAUGCAGCAGUAAUAGCAAUUAAUGAAGCUAUUGAGAAGGGAAUAGCUGAGCAAACCAUUGUAACUCUAAGGAACCCAAAUGCAGUGUUGCUAAAUGUGGAUGAAGAACUUGCACAAGACUAUCAGAAUGAACUCUUUGAAGCUAAAAGGAGAAAACAAUCAAAUGCAAGACUUAAGGUAGUGAAUGGCACAAUCUCUGAAGAAGAGAGAGAUGUCUAUGAGGAGCUGCUGACACAAGCUGAGAUUCAAGGCAAUAUCAAUAAGAUAAACAUUCAUAUAGCUUUAGUCCAAGUGAAUGAGGCUAUUGACCAGCAAGAUGAAGUGGCACUGAUGGCGGGUUUGAACCGUCCUGCUCUGAGCCUUCUUGAAGUUCUGCCACAAAAUUCCUCAUGGUACCUAUUGCAAUUGUGUGAUUCUAAAGAAAAGAAAAUGCAGAUAGCAGGGGUUCCAAAUAUGCUCGACAAAAGUGAAAUACAGAAUGAAGUUAGUGUUGCCAAUGCGGAAGCUGAGGCUCACAAGCUUAAACUUAUAGCAGUUGACAAUAUCAAUACUACAAUUCGUAACUGUGAUCCUAGUAAAACACUGGUUGCACUGAUGAAACCGGAGGCGCAGCUGCCUGUUGUUCACCCAUUUGCUGCUGUUUUCUAUCAGACUGAGCUGUUCAACCUCCAACAACAGAAUGCUGUGAACUACUUGGCACAUGAUGAACUAUCUAUUGCAGUAGAAAUGUUGUCAGCUGUUGUGUUGCUAAACCAGGCCUUGGAAAAUAAGGACCUCCUAAUGAUAAAGAAUCAUCUCAGAACCCCAUGUAUUGGCUUCAAUAAUCUGGAAGAGGAAAACUUUCAACGUUAUGCUGAUACACUAUUGUCUAUUAAGUCAGAGGCUUCAUCUCAAGGCCAAGAUUAUUUAAGCUGGAAUGAUAUCCAGAACUGCAUUGACAUGGUUAAUAUGCAAAUUAAAGAAGAAAAUGAAAGAAUCAUUGCAAUUGGCCAGAUUAAUGAAGCAAUUGACCAAGGAAAUCCUGAGAAAACUCUAGAAACCCUGCUGUUGCCCACAGCCAAGCUGCAAGAUGUGAGACCAGUAAAUGCAAGGCAUUACCAGGAUGUUCUGCACCAUGCCAAAGCACAAAAAUGCAAGGAAUCCCAAGAUGAAUCAGCACUUCUGUGGCUGGAUGAAAUACAAAAAGGAAUCAGUGAUGGCAAUAAUAAUAUAGAAGAGGCGGCAAUCUUGGCUGUUGGAACAUCAGUGAUUAAUAAGAGCUUGGAGAAGGCUGAUUCACAGCCAGUUCUGAUGAUACUGCAGUCCAAGUUUGGAUUAAGAGUCAUUCCGGAGUGUGCUGAAACCUACUUCAGGAACCUCUCUGAAGCCAAGAAUCUGAAAGCCAGAGAAGAUUCUAAUGAAAGUCCAUGGAUUAAACUGGUAAUGAAAAAUACAUAUGAUUACUACUACAAUGUGGAAACCGAGGAAGGCACCUGUGAUGCUCCUGAAGGAGUUGUACCAAAAACUUCAUGGUUAACUGGUGAAGAAAUCCAGAGCAUUGUUGGGCAAGUUACAGCAGAUUACAACCGAGAGCAGCUGUGGCUUGCUAAUGAAAAUCUGAUUGUUCAGCUGCAAGCCCGAGCAAGGGGAUUCUUAGUCAGGAAACAUUAUCAGGAGAGAAAAGCAUACCUUCAAAACCAGGAACCAUCUGCCAUCAAAAUACAGGCUUUCUGGAAAGGAUACAAACAAAGGAAAAGCUAUGUGGACAGACUAAAGGUGCUUCAAGGCAAUGUUGCUGCUAUUGUUAAGAUUCAGUCAUGGGUCAAAAUGUGGCUAGCAAAGAGAGCUUACAGGAAACGUCUGCAAUACUUCAAGGAUCAUAAUGAUGAAAUUGUGAAGAUACAAGCAUUUCUCAGAGCAAACAAAGCCAGGGAGGACUACAGAACACUAAUUGGUGCUGAAAAUCCACCCCUGACUGUCCUGCGCAAAUUUGCUUACCUCUUGGACCAAAGUGACUUAGACUUCCAAGAAGAACUAGAAGUAACAAGGUUAAGGGAAGAAGUGGUUACAAAAAUUCGAUCCAAUCAGCAGCUGGAGAAGGACUUGAACUUAAUGGAUAUAAAGAUUGGACUGCUGGUGAAAAACAGAAUCACUCUUCAGGAUGUGGUACUGCACAGUAAGAAACUUAACAAAAAGAGCAAAAGUCAGCUGGAAGAGAUGGUUAUGGUUGACAAACAGGGUAUCAAAGGUUUGAGUAAAGAGAGAAGAAAGAAACUGGAGGCUUAUCAACAUUUAUUCUACCUUUUACAGACUAAUCCCACGUAUCUGGCGAAGCUGAUUUUCCAGAUGCCACAAAACAAAUCAACCAAGUUUAUGGAUACAGUCAUCUUUACUCUAUACAACUAUGCCUCCAAUCAACGAGAAGAGUAUCUCCUUCUCAAACUCUUCAAAACUGCUCUAGAAGAGGAGAUAAACUCUAAGGUAGACCAGAUACAGGAUAUCGUUACUGGAAACCCCACAGUUAUUAAGAUGGUCGUCAGCUUCAACCGAGGUGCUCGUGGACAGAAUACUCUGCGCCAGCUCCUGGCCCCUGUGGUGAAGGAGAUUAUGGAGGACAAGUCCCUCAUUAUAAACACUAGUCCUGUGGAUGUAUACAAGUCAUGGGUAAACCAGCUAGAAAUGCAGACUGGUGAGGCUAGCAAAUUGCCAUAUGAUGUAACCACAGAACAAGCACUGACACACACAGAAGUGGUUAAUAAACUGGAAUCAUCAAUUCAGAGUCUGCGAGCAGUAACUGACAAAGUUCUCACGAGCAUAUUCUCCUCUCUCAAUAUGAUGCCUUAUGGAAUGAGAUACAUAGCCAAAGUUCUGAAGAGCUCACUUCAUGAGAAAUUCCCAGACGCAACAGAAGAUGAACUACUAAAGAUUGUUGGCAACCUCCUGUACUAUCGCUACAUGAACCCUGCCAUUGUUGCUCCUGAUGGUUUUGAUAUCAUUGAUAUGACAGCUGGGGGCCAGAUACACCCUGACCAGAGGAGAAACCUAGGUUGUGUGGCAAAAGUCCUUCAGCAUGCUGCAUCUAACAAACUCUUUGAAGGAGAGAGUGAACAUCUAUCAUCUAUGAACACUUACCUCUCACAGACGUACCAGAAGUUCAGGAAUUUUUUUCAAGCAGCGUGUGAUGUUCCUGAACCAGAGGAGAAAUUCAAUAUUGAUGAAUACUCUGACAUGGUGACCCUUAGCAAACCUGUCAUAUAUAUCUCCAUUGAAGAAAUUAUCAAUACCCAUUCUCUACUGUUGGAACAUCAGGAUGCCAUUGCCACUGAGCCAAAUGACCUGCUGAAUGAAUUGCUGGAAGGACUGGGACCUGUUCCUGAUGUAGAGUCUUUCCUUGGGGAAGGAGCUGUUGAUCCCAAUGACCCCAACAGGGCAAGCACACUGAAUCAGCUUGCAAAAACAGAGAUAUCACUGUCUCUAACAAGCAAAUAUGAGUUACGAGAAGGUGAAGAUCAGGAUCUCAAAAGCCUGAUGAUAAA